UAGGGGAACACGGGCAGCCGAUCUAAGAAUCAUCGCCAAGGGAGUUAUCCGAGUGCCGAUUACGACUCGGGACAGUCCAAUUCCAACUAUAACAGACAGUCAUUGCCUACGAGACGGUACCGCAGAGAUGACAGCAAUGAGAAGAGCAAACGUCAGAAGGCGGCUGUGACGGGCAGCAAUAACAGACUUUUGGGGAACAAUCGUUUCAGAAACAUGACCAAAACCGGAGGAAAUCAGCCGGGCAAAGGAACGUACCUCGACAAAAUGGACGCCUGCACAAUACAUUGCGUGUUCAAUCAAUUAGAAAUGCUGAACUCGAACUCUCGUCCAGACAAAUAUUCAAUAGUUAACAUCAUGACCAAUCAAAUAAAAGACGUCGAAUUGAAGGAAUUCAUACAGGACUCUAUCGACGAAUGUUUCGACACUCUCGAGCUGGACUCGCAUAAUAACAAAUGCGAAUUUUCGAAAAACUUCGCUGUGUGCAUGGAGAAUAAAGCUCAAAGGAAUUGCGACGAUUGGGAUGAAAACUUGUCCGCGAACAAAAUCAACUCUGCCGGCUUGCAAGACGGAACCAACCAGCAAGACAAAAGAAAAGGAUAUUAAAAAAGUUUCUGCGUAGAAAAAUAUUAAUGUGAUUGAUUAAGUUAUUUCAACUAUUUAUUAAACGUUUAAAAGUCGACAUUAUUCUGUGUUU